AUAUUUUAGACAACUCUGAUCCAUUAAACCAAAAAUCAAACGAAAAAUAAUAAUCUAAACCUUAUCAUAUGAGACACAAACCAUGCAAUCCUGGCCACAUUUCUCAAAAAUAUAUUUCCAAUUUUUUUUUCUUCUUUUAAUUUCUUUUACCUCUCAGAGAAGCAGUAAAUAUGGCACCUCCCUUUACAGCAUUACCAAGCUAAAGAAGACAGCAUCACAACCUUCCUUCAAUUUCAAGAAAACUUUUCUUUUUCUCUUUCCAAAAACAGAAUAAUAAAAGCCUAUAAAUAUUUGACACUCCCAAAACCACUUCUCAGUUCUCACAAUAUUCAAAAAUCCACCUCUCUUUACUCUGCAAACUGCAAAGUACAGAGCUCUAAACACACUCUCCAAUGGCCACUCAUUUCUCACGCGCCACCACACGCGCCUCCAUGCCAGUACCCCAAGAACCCAAACUGGAAUACCCAUUUUCCCUUUCAACUAGAAAACUUCAAAACCAAUGGAAAAACAAGAGUAGUUCAAGAAUCAAGGUUUCAUCAGAUAAUGGAAAUGACUCAUCAUAUUUGGACAUGUGGAAGAAAGCAGUUGAGCGUGAAAGAAAGACUAAUGAGUUUCAAAGAAUAGCUGAGAAUAUUUCUGCUGAUGUUGAUCAAGUGGAAGAAAGUAGUGAGGUGUUGGAAAAGAAAAGUGAUGAAUUCAAGAAGAUUCUUGAAGUUGAUCCUGAAGAAAGAGAUAGAAUUCAAAGAAUGCAAGUUAUUGAUCGUGCUGCUGCUGCUCUUGCUGCUGCUAAGGCAUUGCUUAAGGAGAAUCCAGUGUCCCAAGAAGAUGACAGUUCAGUUAAAUUGGAUGCUCAUGAUGAAAAUAAACAAGAAGGACCAGGAAAUGUCAUUUCCAUUAUGCCUCGAUCUGGAACAAUUAUGGGAACACCAGGUCCAAGCUUCUGGUCCUGGACACCUCCUUCAGACAGCUCUUUUGAUGACAUUCAGAUGAAGUCAGACACGUCUCUGUCUUCGGACCCACCAAACCCUGUGAUAGAGAUAGAACGAUCUCCAGAUUUUCUAUCUAUCCCAUUUCAGAGUGCUAUGGUUGAUAGCAAACAUAGUCCUCCUCUUCCACCUCUGCAGUCACAUUUAGAGGUUGAAAAUUUGGAAGAUUCCAGCGCAACAUCUGAGAUACCUCACCAGGAGGAGGAACGUGAGCUUGGCAUUCUGUUCUCCACAAAUGCAGCAGAAGCAGCUUAUGCACUUAAGCAGGAAAACGAAGUAUCAUCUGAGGGAAUCAAACCUGAUGGAUCAAGAUGGUGGAAGGAGACGGGUACUGAAAAACGACCUGACGGGGUGGUCUGCAAGUGGACUCUAAUGAGAGGCGUUAGUGCGGACAAAACUGUUGAAUGGGAAGACAAGUAUUGGGAAGCUGCUGAUGAAUUUGGUCAUAAGGAACUCGGUUCUGAGAAGUCGGGACGCGAUGCUGCUGGAAAUGUGUGGCAUGAGUUCUGGAAAGAAUCAAUGUGGCAGAGUGGUGGACUUGUCCAUAUGGAGAAAACUGCAGAUAAGUGGGGAAGGAAUAUUAAAGGUGAGGAGUGGCAGGAGAAAUGGUGGGAGCACUAUGGUGCCGGUGGCCAAGCAGAGAAAUGGGCCCAUAAGUGGUGCAGCAUUGAUCCAAACACACCCCUUGAUGCUGGUCAUGCUCAUGUUUGGCAUGAAAGGUGGGGUGAGAAGUAUGAUGGAAAAGGCGGAAGCACAAAGUAUACUGAUAAAUGGGCUGAGCGCUUUGAGGGAGAUGGUUGGGCGAAGUGGGGUGAUAAAUGGGACGAGAACUUUGAUCUAAAUGGACAUGGUGUCAAGCAAGGGGAGACAUGGUGGGCAGGCAAAUACGGAGACCGCUGGAAUCGCACUUGGGGAGAGGGCCACAAUGGUUCUGGAUGGGUGCACAAGUAUGGAAAGAGCAGCAACGGGGAGCACUGGGACACACACAUAAACGAAGAAACAUGGUAUGAAAGAUACCCUCAUUAUGGCUUCUACCAUUGCUUUGAGAAUUCAGUCCAACUCCGUGAAGUCGAGAGACCUUCUGAAUGGCCAUGAGGAGUAUUCUUUCGUUCUUUUGCUACUAUCCACCAGGGCUCGAAAUAGUAUAUAGAUCAUAUUUUCUGCUUGUUCAGCUUAUCAAGCUAUUAUAACCGAGUAUACUAGUAUAGGAAUUCGGCUACUUGCUUUCUGAUGUAACUUCAGUACUGAUAUUUUGUCAAAAGAUUAAUUCAGCUCUUGUAAGAUAAGUAGUAGGAGCAUAUUUUGAAACAAAGAAGUUACCUAUACUGCUAUAAUAUUGCCUUAUGGAAUA